UGAUCUUAUCAUAUCCAUUGAGUGCGGAAACCUAGGUUGCGUGCGUCAAUACCCUUACCCACUACCGCUUUCUUUAUGUUUGAGCAUUUUCUACUUUUGAUCCUCAACCAACUCCAGUUUUCUUGAUUUGGGGGCCAAGUUCCUCCGGCGAUUAGAUUUGUGGCUUGAUGGGGCGCCAUGAAGACGAAAGAUUGCUCUUAGAAGGCAGACUUGUAGAGAAUGAGGACAGCUUAUACACAGGAGAUGGUUCAGUUGAUGUAAAAGGAAGGCCUGUUUUAAAAAGCAAUACAGGCAAUUGGAGAGCAUGUCCUUUUAUUCUUGGCAAUGAGUGUUGUGAGAGGCUUGCGUAUUAUGGAAUAUCUACAAAUCUUGUGAGCUACCUCACUAAAAAGUUGCAUGAAGGAAAUGCUGAAGCUGCUAGAAAUGUUACCACGUGGCAAGGCACAUGCUAUCUUACUCCCCUCAUUGGUGCUGUGUUGGCAGAUGCUUAUUGGGGGAGAUAUUGGACUAUUGCUGUCUUUUCAACUAUUUACUUCAUUGGAAUGUGCACAUUAACACUAUCCGCAUCAAUCCCAUCUUUAAAGCCCAUUGAAUGCGUAGGCCCCACAUGUCCUCCUGCCACACCAAGUCAAUACCUAUUUUUCUUCUCGGGACUUUACCUAAUUGCCCUUGGGACCGGAGGGAUCAAACCUUGUGUCUCGUCAUUCGGAGCAGACCAAUUCGAUGACACGGACCCUAAAGAAAGGGUAACAAAGGGAUCUUUCUUCAAUUGGUUUUAUUUCUCAAUAAACAUCGGGGCAUUAAUCUCAAGCUCUUUGAUAGUUUGGAUUCAAGACAAUAAAGGGUGGGGCCUAGGGUUUGGGAUUCCGGCUUUGUUCAUGGGUGUUGCUAUUGUAAGUUUCUUUUUGGGGACCCCACUUUAUCGAUUUCAAAAACCGGGUGGGAGUCCGAUUACACGAAUGGGUCAAGUUUUGGUUGCUUCGUUUAGGAAAUGGAGUUUGCCCGUUCCCAUUGAUAGCUCGCUUUUGUAUGAAACUCCCGAUAAAUUGUCCGCGAUUAAAGGGAGUAGGAAAAUUGGUCAUACAGAUGAAUUGAAGUUCCUUGAUAAAGCCGCAAUACUCACACCACACGAAACCACAACCGGAAACUACUCAAACCCAUGGAGACUAUGCACCGUAACACAAGUCGAAGAACUCAAAAUCCUAAUCCGAAUGUUUCCAAUUUGGGCAACCGGAAUCGUAUUCUCAGCGGUAUACGCCCAAAUGUCAACCAUGUUCGUCGAACAAGGCAUGAUGAUGGACACCAAAGUCUUCUCCUUCACAAUCCCCGCAGCUUCUCUCUCCACUUUCGAUGUCAUAAGCGUCAUCUUCUGGGUGCCCGUCUACGACCGCAUCCUCGUGCCCGCUGCCCGAAAAAUCACCGGGCAGGGCCGCGGCUUCACCGAGCUUCAACGGAUGGGGAUCGGCCUCUUCCUUUCCAUUCUCUGCAUGUCCGCCGCCGCUUUAGUUGAAAUAAAGCGCCUCGAUAUCGCGGCGUCCCUCGGAUUAAUUGACGAAAAUACCCCUGUCCCAAUGAAUAUCCUUUGGCAAAUCCCGCAGUAUUUCCUCCUAGGGGCGGCGGAGGUUUUCACGUUUAUCGGGCAGCUUGAGUUUUUUUAUGAUCAGUCGCCGGAUGCGAUGAGGAGUUUGUGUAGCGCGCUUUCUUUGUUGACCACUUCGUUGGGGAAUUAUUUGAGUUCAUUUAUUUUGACCGUGGUCACGGUUUUGACUACGCGAAACGGGCGGGCGGGUUGGAUACCUGAUAACUUGAAUGAGGGGCAUUUGGAUCGGUUUUUUUGGCUUUUGGCGGGGCUUAGUUUUUUCAAUAUGGUGGUUUAUAUCUUUUGUGCCAAGAUGUAUAAGUCGAAGAAAGCGGCUUCUUAGGUUUGGUUUAGGUGCUUUUAUACAAAAAACAUUUUCGUUUUCAUUUUGUAUAAAACAAUUAUAUGUUUCUGGUACUUUUUACAUCCAAGUUGAAUUUUAUCAAACCGAAAGU